ACUUUAUUAGUUGUGUAGACGCCGCAUUAAGACCGAAUUUUUGAGAAAAAUUUAAUGUUUUUGUUAAAUAAAAUACUAUUUGUUUAAAAAUGUCUGUUCCGCCACAAACGACGGGUCUUGAAGAAGUAAAUAUUCCAGGACAAGCAUAUCUGCGAGAUGCCUUAACAUCAUGUACUGAUCCAUUAAAAGCUAUAGAGAAUUUUCAGCUGGAAAAUGGUGUGCUCUUGCCUUCAUUACGGCCCAUGCUGCCUCUGCUUGAUUUACACGGCGUACGUCGUUUGGAAUUUCAUAAUUCAUUACUUGAGGAACUUCGAGAAAAGUUAAUUGCCUACAUCAAUGAAUUGGGACAGAAGGAUCCACGCGAACGUGAUAAAAAAUUGAAGGAACUGCUUGUGAAAAGUUUUCCAGUAGUGCAUGUCAAACCUUUGCGACCAGUUGUAAUGGCAAUUCUACGCAAUACACCACAUAUUGAUGAUAAAUAUUUACGUAUUUUGGUACGCGAUCGUGAAUUGUACAGUGACACAGACACAGAAGUGAAACGUCAAAUAUGGCGCGAUAAUCAGUCAUUGUUUGGUGAUGAAGUUUCACCAUUGUUGUCACAAUAUAUACGCGAGAAAGAACAUAUAUUGUUUGAUCAUACCAAUUUAACUAAUUUGUUCUUUCAUCCAACACCAAAAGUCAGACGAACUGGUGAGGUAGUGCAAAAGUUAGCCAAUAUGAUUGGUACCAGUGUUAAAUUAUACGAUAUGGUGUUGCAAUUCUUACGUACGCUGUUUUUACGUACACGAAAUGUACAUUAUUGUACGUUACGUGCUGAACUGCUUAUGGCAUUGCAUGAUUUGGAAGUGCAAGAAAUCAUAUCUGUUGAUCCUUGUCAUAAAUUUACUUGGUGCUUAGAUGCUUGCAUACGUGAGAAAAAUGUGGACAUAAAACGCUCACGUGAGUUGCAGGGCUUUUUAGACAACAUCAAACGUGGACAAGAACAAGUACUUGGUGAUUUAUCUAUGACUUUAUGCGAUCCAUAUGCAAUUAAUUUUUUGGCAACCUCUGCUAUAAAAAUUCUGCAACAUUUGAUUAAUAAUGAGAGUCUUGCACGUGAAAACACAAUAUUAAUAUUACUAUUACGUAUGUUGGCGCUGGGUUUAAGUGCUUGGAUAAUGAUUGAUUCACAGGAUUUCAAAGAGCCAAAACUUGAUAGUCAAGUUGUCAGCAAAUUUUUGCCUGCAUUAAUGUCAUUAAUGGUCGACGAUCAGUGCCGAAGUUUACAUUUAAAAUUACCACCAGAUGAACGUGAAUCUGCUUUAACAACUAUCGAACAUUCUGGUCCUGCACCUGAUGCUGUCGAGGCUUAUAUACAAGAAAGUUCCGUAGCCAGUAUCUUAGCUAUGUAUUAUACAUUACAUGCAGCACGUCAAAAGGAUCGUGUUGGCUUGUUGCGUGUUUUGUCAAUUUUAUCUUCUUGCAAAGAUGAACGUGCAAUGGAGGAUCCUUUCCUACACUCUUUGAUCGCUUUGUUAAUACCGAUGUCAGAAGAGUUCUCUACUGAGGAUUUCUGUACAACACUUUUUGAUGGAUUUCUUCUGGCUGGUCCACCACGUGACAAUGUUACUCGUCAUAUGCUUAAACUGAUAUGGUAUAUACAUAAUAAAUUACCCGUCGGCCGUUUAACGACUUCUAUGAAGUCCAUACAACCACAACCAAGUCAAAAUGAAAAUGUACACAAAUUGUUCGACGCAUUACAGGAACGCGUUGGUAGUACAAUACAGGAGGGUCCCUUGCCGGAGCCAAUGGAACCUGAAUUUGAUUCUCCACUCAAAAGUGUGCCUACGCCAGGACCACACUAUUAAUCCUUAUAAAACUGUCUUCCAAAUUCUUUGAAAAUUUUCAAGCUACACUAAAUAAAAUAAAAAUAAAUUAUUUGGAUUUUAGUAUAAAUUUUGUGGAUUCCUUAUGAAAUGUCUUUUCUGACUUAUUUAUGACAAUAGCGUUUUUAAUUUCUUUUUUGUGUUUGCGUAUUUCAUUUCCC